AUUCACCUGAAACCAGUCGGGCUUUCUUUCUGCCCUCCCUAAUUGCCUUGAUGCAAACAUGCUCGCCAAGGUUUGGUCAGACUUUGAACGGAGACUUCGGGUCAAACUGCGAUCUCUGAGACUAUGGUGGCAGGCUGCCUUCCCUUUAUCUGUGAAUCCUUCAAUGGCUGCUGACGACUAUAACCCUGUCUCCCUGCGGCACAAGUCGAAGAAGAAGACCCGAGGAGGCAAUGGUACCAUGAGCAGAAGGCGAAUCUCCGUCAAAGAGCUCGGUCAGCCGGACCACCAGGGCUGGCUUUACAGGAAGAAGGAGACCAAGGGCUUCCUGGGCAUCAAAUGGAAGAAGUACUGGUUUGUCCUUAAGAAGACGGCUCUCUACUGGUACUCCAACCAGCUGGCGGAGAAGGCAGAGGGCUACAUUGACCUCACCAACUUCAUGAUAGACGUAGCCAUCGAGUGCAAGAAAAAGCAUGCUUUCAAAGCCUGCCACCCUCAGGUCAUGAUGUUUUAUUUUGCUGCUGAGAACCACGAGGACAUGAAUCGGUGGUUGAAUAAGCUCGGGCUGGCCUCCAUUCAUUAUGAGCAAACUGAUCAAACGGCAGCUGAGUGCUAUAGUGAAGCCAGCGAUCAUGAAGAAGCUGAGAGCGCAGAAAUCCCCCCGCCGCCAUACUCAGAACAGACGCUACGGGAUACUGUGGAUGCGCUGGAUCCACCCGGGAGCACACAUCAGGGCACUCUUCCUCCCCCCUAUUCCUCCACAGCUUCCGGAGAAGCGAGCGAUUUGCUCUCCUCCCCCGUCAGUACCAUGACGUCGCAGAGCUCGGCCUCGUCGCUCGCCAAGCAGCGGCAGUCCUGGCUGGACCUCGUCUCGCAGGCGUCCUCUACUCCGGCGGUGGAAACGGCAGUGGUGUGCUCUGUCCAGGUCCACUCGCACUGUCCGCCACAAGGAAGAGAGGAAGGGGGAGGAGCAUCGGAAGGCUCCGUUUCACAGGACUCCUUGGACUCAAAUGGGUCCAACAAUGACAGCCCUGUGGCGCAAGGGGAGGAGCAGAGGGAUGUUUUAGGUGCUCAAAUUGAAGGCAAGUGUGAGAACACCUCGGACGAGAUGGAAAAGCUGUACAUUCAUCUUAAGGAGGCCAGCCUCUCGCCGAUAGGCGAUCGCAAACCAUCCACGAAAAGGGAAUUCAGGGCAUCUUUUGUCAAACGCUGUAAAAACCAGACCGUUAAUGAUAAGCUACACCAUAUCAGGGCACUCAAAAGCACGUUAAAGUCUAAAGAGGCGGACUUGCAAGCAAUAGAGCAGGUGCUGACCGACCCGGAGCUUUCCUCGGAGAAGUUCAGAGGGUGGAAGGAGGCCAACGCGCCUUUAAUGACGGAGAUCUGCCUCAAAACCGACCAGAGGGUGGCGCCAGAGGCUGCGAUGACUGAAGCGUCAGUCGCUGCUCCUGUUCCGGAGACCAGUUUAUAAGGGACUCUCCUAAUGACUUAUUUCAGCGCGUUUGGACGUGGACCUCAUGGUUGCAUUUUUUUGUGAAUGCACACUUACUGCUGUGAUUUAGUCAGCUAACACUUCAGAUCCAUGAAAGCGCAUAUUUAAGUGCUGUUUCACAUGUUGAUGAAUCUGUAAAGUGUUGUGUUUUUUUUGUUUUUUGUUUUUUUAUGUUGAGAUGCAAACAUGAGCAAUACACAUGAAAAUGUGAUUUCUGGUUUAGUAUUAGUGUUUCUGUCCAGCUGGUGAGAUUAGCCAAUUUUUUCAGCUGAGUGUUUUUAGCUAAAAUUUUACUUCACACUUUUUGAACUGUAUGAAAUUGAGUAGAUCGAGAGACAUUUGUCUUCUGCACAAAAACACUGUUUGGUUGCGGGGGAGGGGGGGGGGUUUACUGUAUAAUUUAUCUACAUUGUAUUCAUCUGUAGUGAACUCGGAGUGCUGUUUUUAAGUUGCUGACUGCUAAUUAUUGGUGCCAUGCACCAUCUGUGCCUGUUACAAGCAACCCUACAGCCAUGAUUUUUUCCCUGUGCUUUAGAUGUCACGUUGUGCUUUAUAUUAACUGUCCUGACUGAAAUAUAAGGCCUUUUUUUUCCUUUUUUUUUUUUUUUUUACAAUAAAUCACAAAUGCUGAUAGUUUCAGAUUAAUAGGGAUUCAAAUUAUUGUUGAUAAACAUUUUAAAACUUUGCUAAAACACUAAGAAUGUGCUUUGAAACCAUAAAUGUUUAAGGAUUACCUCAAACUGGAUCGACUUAGCAGAGUUCAUUGGCAUUGUUACCCGAUAUGCUUUACAAAAGCUAUUCUAGGGACUGGGAAAAAAGCCCUAAACAUUUCGCUGCAAGUUACUGAGAAGUGUUGUCAUUUAGGCAUGAACAUCAAACAUGAUGUGUAUGGGUGCAUAAUAUAAGUAUGCAAUAAAUAUUGGCUAAUGGAUGCUUCAGAAGGAAAUGCAAGCAUCAGCCGUCUUUCAACUAUGAUCACAUUUUAAGUGGUAGAGGAUCAUCCAAGUUUGCUAAAAACAAUUUACUAGUUCUACUCUAAAAUAUGCACAGAUAAAAAAAGUGACAUUUAACUUCACAUCACAUUGCAAAUGAAUAAAACAUUUGGCACCUUACAGCUGUAGUCGUACUGGUUGUUUAUU